CUCUUUCAUCGAAUAUAAAUAUAUAAAUAAACAAAAAUUGUAAAAAAGAGAAAAAAAAAAAAAGAAGGGGAAAAAAACCUCCAUUAUUUUCCGAUUGGAAGGCUCAGAUCGAACCUAGAAACCGACAGUAUCUUCUCCGUCUUCAGCAGCAACUUCCUGUCAAUAGCGUUUUUAAGUGUUGUUGGCCCUUUUUGCCAAUGGAGAAAGGAGUGCCAUCUAGCCUUUUUGUUAAUGAUGGUUCCUUCAUGGAGAGGUUUAAACAGCUUCAACAACAGAAGGAUGACAAGGACAAGGCUGCGGCUUUGGAGGAAUCUAAACCCCCCAAAGUUGUAAAAGGGUCGUCAGCUCCCAAGCCUUCCAUUGCUUUUAAGCCCAAUGAUGUACGCAAGACCACCCAACUUCCUUCAGGGGGCAAACUUGCUUUCAGCUUGAAACAGAAAUCAAAGCUUGUGGCACCUCCUGUUAAGUUGGAUGCAGAUGAGGAUGAAGAGGACCAAGAUGCAGGGAGGCUAGAUGACAAACCAGUUAAAAAGCAAAAAUUGGGUCGAUCAGAUUCCUCUGAACAAGCUUUGAAACAAGUGGAUGUUGCACCAACUUCCCCAAGCGAUCUCACUGUGAAGAAAGUUGCCGACAAACUUGCUAGUUUUGUUGCCAAAAAUGGAAGGCAGUUUGAACAUAUUACUCGUCAAAAAAACCCUGGCGACACACCUUUCAAAUUCCUUUUCGAUGAGAGUUGUUCUGAUUACAAAUACUAUGCAUACCGCCUUGCCGAAGAGGAAAAAGCUCUUUUAGAGAAUAAGGAAGAACAAACUCCUCAAAGCGGCAUUUCAGCUUCUAAGUCCCCAAGCAGCUCUAGUAGGGCAGCUCCGCAGCAAUCAAGUUAUCAAAUUCCUGCCUCUGCUUUGUAUGAGAAUGAGGAGCCUAGAUCUUCAGGGACUUCAGCGGGAAGAGCAGGUUCAUCCAGUGCACCUUCAGGUGCAGAUCCUAUAGCAAUGAUGGAGUUUUACAUGAAGAAGGCUGCUCAGGAAGAAAAGAUGAGAACACCUAAGCAGUCCAAAGACGAGAUGCCACCACCUCCUUCCCUUCAAGGUGAAUGUUUGAAAUCUGGUCCAGUGAAGAAAGGUCAUCAUAUGGGCGAUUAUAUCCCACAGGAAGAGCUUGAAAAGUUUAUGGCUGCCUGCAAUGAUGCUGCUGCACAAAAAGCUGCAAAGGAGACUGCCCAGAAGGCAAAGAUUCAAUCUGAUAAUGUUGGGCAUAAACUCUUAUCGAAAAUGGGUUGGAAAGAAGGUGAUGGUUUAGGGAGUUCCAGAAAAGGCAUUGCAGAUCCAAUCAUGGCUGGUGAUGUAAAGAUGAACAAUUUGGGGGUCGGUGCUCAUAAUCCUGGAGAAGUGACGCCAGAUGAUGAUAUAUACGAGCAAUACAAGAAGCGAAUGAUGCUUGGCUAUCGAUACAGACCCAAUCCCCUGAACAAUCCUCGAAAAGCAUACUAUUGAGAACACAGUUGUGGAAGAAAUCUACUAUGUGUGGGGUGGGUGGCUGGUUGGAAGAAUAACUCUAAAGAGUUGAAGGAUGCUUAUUGCAUAUCAUCAUAUACAUACUAUAUAUUUAUGUAUAUAUUUGUGUUUAUGACUGAGGUUUCUUUCUUUUCUAUGGGAUUCAUUUCGUUUCGUUUAUUCAGGUGUCUAAAGACAGCUUUUUUCCCUUCUUAAAAAACCCAAGACUGUUAAGUGUUAACUGACUAUUUUGAAUCAACUGGAGGGAAGGUAGUUUUGUAUCAA